AUGCUUCGAAUCUUCGUUUGAUACGAUUGAGGGAUUUGCACAUUAUACGAGGUAAGAAGACGGAAAUCAGUUCUGUUAUCAACGUAUCGAUAAAAGUCUUCUCAUAUAAUAAAGGAACUUUUCUAAUCUAAGGAAACAUAAGAUUUGUUUACACGAAUUAAUAAGACUCGAAAGAAAUGGGAGAAACACAGUGAAAGCGGGAAAACGAAAAUGUAUGGCCUACGCUAAAGUGUUCAAAAACCUUCAAUAGUGAUAUUAUAAUUUGAAUUGAGAGAGAGAGAGAAAGAAAGAAAACACUUGUCGAAAAUGAUUACCAUUCUCCAAACAAUGACGCCAAUCAUCAUCGCUUGCUGGUUCUACUGCCUGUUGGGCGUUGUCGGUCAGUAUGAAUGGCAAGCUCGCGACUCCUUCGACGAGAUUCGCAUGCAGAUGGAUAAGGUGAACGAGGAUAAUUGCCAAAUACAGCACCUCGGCGAUUUGUAUCUGCCGUAUGACUCGGUAUCGCAUUUGCCUGACAUAAAGGACAUCAACAUCAAUCCAGUGUUUCCGAAUCGUACAGCUCUGUUACAUCUUCAUAACAUGGCACUUAGCAGGAGCUUCUUCUGGAGUUACAUUUUGCAAUCACGCUUCAUCCGACCAGCGAUCAAUGAUACUUAUGAUCCUGGCAUGAUGUACUAUUUCUUGUCCACAGUAGCAGAUGUUUCUGCUAAUCCAUACAUCAAUGCUUCGGCUAUCUAUUUCUCACCUAAUAUGUCUUACUCGCCUUCCUAUAGAGGUUUCUUCAAUAAAACUUUUCCCAGAUUUGCACCACGAACUUUCAGGGCGGACGACUUCAAUGAUCCUAUACAUUUGGAAAGAAUAUCCACUAGAAACACAUUUACUGUACAGGAUUUAGGGUCAUUUCCUAAUACCAGACUCAGUGAUGAUUACACCACUGAUUUUUAUCAUAUAAACGAAUGGUACAAAAAAUGGUUACCAGAUAAUGUAGGUAAAAGACAUGAUACCAAAACGACGUAUCACGUUGAAAUUCGUUAUGCUAACAACACAAAUGAAACAUUUAACUUCCAUGGUCCACCUGCUGCUGAUGAAUAUCCUGGACCUGUGCAAUGGACUAGACCUUAUUUUGAUUGUGGCCGAUCAAAUCGAUGGCUUGUAGCUGCGGUAUCACCUGUAGCAGAUAUCUAUCCACGGCACACUGGUUUUAGGCAUAUUGAAUAUCCAAAAUACACUGCUGUUUCAGUUAUGGAAAUGGAUUUUGACAGAAUAGAUAUAAAUCAAUGUCCUAAGGGUAAAGGAAAUAGUGGUAACAACAGAUUUGCUAAUACCGCAAGAUGCAAGACUGAUACUACAGAGUGUGAACCGAUACAUGGUUGGGGUUUCAGAAGGGGUGGAUAUCAAUGUAGAUGUAAACCAGGUUAUAGAUUACCGACCGUCGUACGACGACCUUAUCUCGGUGAAAUAGUGGAGAGAGCCACACAAGAACAAUACUAUAAUGGGUUCGAUUGUUCACGGAUCGGCUGGCUUCAUAAAAUGCCAGUACAAUGGGAGAAAGCAAAACCAUAUCUCAGAGAAAAAUAUCUCGAGCAAUAUCAUAAUUAUAGGAAUUAUUCAACUGGUUCAUCUUCGUUACAGGAUACACAGUUGAACAUCGACCAAGCUCUUAAAUUCAUUUUGGGCAUGAACAAGGACACUUGCAAGAGUAAAACGUUACCAGAGUUAAUGUUACGUGGAGACAUUAGUUUUGGUGCAGAAGAGUUUUUCGAAAAUGAAGCGAAAAUGGCGACCAGAUUGGCAAACUUUAUCAGUGCGUUUCUACAAAUAUCAGAUCCCUUGGAAGUUUACUCUGGCAAGAGAGUAGCCGACAGACCGCUAACAGAAGAUCAAAUGAUAGGGGAGACACUAGCCUUGGUGCUUGGCGAUACAAAGAUAUGGACAGCUGGUACUUUCUGGGAUCGUAAUAAAUUUACCAACAGAACAUUCUUUGCCCCAUACGCUUACAAGACACAGUUAAAUACGCGCAACUUUAAACUCGAAGAUUUAGCUAGACUCAAUAAAACAGAUGAAAUAUACACGAGAAAGAGUUAUUUUCAAGCAUUGAAGCAACGUUGGGCAACAAAUUUUGAUCAAUUGGAGAAAUACUAUAUGAAGAUAAAGAUUCGAUUUAAUGAAACAGGAGAGCACCUGAAAAAGUACGAGCAUUAUCCAAAUUAUUACAGGGCAGCAAACCUGGACCAUGGAUAUUGGACAACUCCAUACUUCGAUUGUAACGGUACGAAUAAGUGGGUAAUUACCUAUGCAUCCCCAUUUUUCGGCUGGGACAGCUUGAAGGUGAAACUGGAAUUCAAGGGUAUCGUGGCUGUUACUAUGGAUAUGCUUCAGUUAGAUAUAAACCAAUGCGAUGAUAAAUUUUAUAAACCAAAUGCAUUCAAGGAUACACACAAGUGCGAUAGAAAAACAUCAUAUUGCGUACCUAUUCUUGGAAGAGGAUUUGAAACAGGUGGAUACAAAUGUGAAUGCAAACAAGGCUUUGAAUAUCCAUUUGAGGAUUUAAUUACAUAUUAUGAUGGACAAUUAGUGGAAGCUGAAUUUAAUAAUAUCGUUAAUGAUACAGAAACAAGAUAUGAUAUGUUCAAGUGUCGAUUGGCUGGUGCUUCGUCAAUUCAAGUAAAUUGGAUAUUACUGUUAUCAGUACUGAUGAUAUUCUUUUUAACUCAAAGAAGAGUUGAAAACGUCUUUAAUAUUUUAUAAGACAAAAUAGCUAGUGCUACAAUUGCUGUAUUAGCAAUUACCUUUUUUUAAGCCGUCCAUUAUAAACGUAAGUACUAAAAAUAUUUAGGAUAUUCCAAAUCUACCGCACCAUCUGCUAAUGGCAGAUUCCUGAAGUUAUUUUGAGAUGAAAAUUCUAAUAUCAAAAUGUUGGGGUAUAAUAGUUUUUGAAUUAUAAGUAUUUAAAGUUAGCGAAUCAUGUCGCUUAAAGUUUGCGCAUUUAUUAGGUUGACAUUUUGUUCGACGGUACAGUGCAAAAUCCAAUGCCAACAUCUGAACUCACGAACUUUAGGCGAUAUGAUUAGCUAACUUUAAUCCCUUCAGAUCCUGUGUACAUUUUAGUGUACAUCAAUUUUGAACACAUUAUCCAUUGAAUUUAUAAUUUAAUGAAUUUUGAUUUAAUUCUAUCGUCAUUUUCUGAGAUCUGAUGCACUCAGAUCUUUACCAUUUUGCAAUUUUCGUAAUACUUUAGGAGACAUUAAUUUCUAAAGAUUACUGAAUAAGUAUGUAUCCGCGCGAACUAUUGCCAAGUAUACGCCCAUCUGUCAUGGUUGCUUGUUACUCGGGGAAUGCUUAAUAAGUUCUCUACUUAAGUUAUGGCGCUUAGUGCCUAUCAGACAGUCCCCGUAAAGCCCGUAUCAGACUACCGAUUCUGCAAGCCAACCCGACUGCCAACUCUGACUGUCGACCAAUAAUGAACCAAUCACAAUAAGACUGAUUCAAUGUGAUUGGUCCAUUAUUGGUCGGCAGUCAGAGUUGGCAAUCGGGUCGGCUUGCAGAGUCGGUAGUCUGAUACGGGUUUAA